GAGUUGUGGGUGGUGGCUAGUCGGCGACCCAUCCGUCCCGUCCGUCCGUCCGUCCGUCCAUCCGUCCGUCCGUCCGUCUAUCCAUCCGUACGUACAAACAUACGUACGUUCGAGGAACGUGCUUCCGCGUCGGCCCGCGUUGCUUCGUCAGCGUCGACGAUCACCAUCGAUCGUGAUCGAGACCGCAUCGCGACGAUCGUCAUCAGCGCAUCAUUAUCCCGUGGCACUGCGACGAGAACUCCGGCGCCAAAGAUUGGAUGUCUCGGUCGCGAACGUCACGAACGCGUGCGUCAUCGCGAUCAUUCCUGGGACCUUGAUGAAAUCAGACGUCGAUGACGCUUGAGAGACAGAAACCGAUCUGCCGUCGCGAUCGUGGGACUCUGAUGGACUAGACGAUCAGGUCGGUCUCCCCCAGAAGAGGAGAUCAAAAUGCAGCCGAGCAUUUCGGGAAUCAAGCAUGUGGAGCACGUCGCGAUAAAUGCAAAGGAUUCACGUGUUACCGAGUGAUCCGAUUUUCCAGAGGAAGAGAGUCCAGUUGUCAUCGAGUCGUGGACAGUGAGAACUUGUCGAUUGUUCGACAGGAAGUCCGAAUUGUGGGAGAGUAGUGGAACACCGUACAUCACGUUGCGAUUUCAUUGUAACCUGAUGACCCCAGCGUCUCCAGGAUCCACGAGGAAAAACUCAUCCUGCGCGGCUAACCACCACCACCACUGCUGUCGGCGGCAAAGUUCGCGGUGUGGUUUCGCGCGGGAACUCGACACACCCGCGAUUUGCGUGCGCGCUUCACGUUGCGCGAGCUCAGCCGGACUGAUUUAGACCGCGUUCGUUUUACUACGCGGAGGCAGGCGUCACGCGAGAUCCGAAUUUUCCACAUUCGCAUCCCGAAGACCAGCAGCCGCCGUCCUCCGACGUGAUUUCCGACGUAAGCAAAAUUUAGGCCAAGUUCUCCGCUAUUACUCGGGGAACUACAUUUCAGCGGGGAGCGAUUUUCUUGGGGGAAAUCAAGAAAGUGGAGGAGACAUCACCAUCCGCGCGAUUGCUACGAAGUAACAAGAGAGAACUCCAGGACUUGGUCUGCGAGAAACUCAAUUCUGCUUCAAUUGCGUGAGAAAUUCCCCUACGAUCGAAGGCAAUUCACGUCAUUGAACUGCGAUCGACCGGAUGAGCCCCGAGUUCCUCGGAUCAAGUGAUCGCGUAGCGUAGGAAGCGCUUCUUCAGCUAUGGCCGUUGCUCCUGAGAGAGCGCCGGGUGCAGGCAGGAUCGGCGCGAUUUCCCCGCUGACUGUGCGUGACAGCGCGACGAAGGGAGCGUGCAGGAUUCGGCGCAACGACGGGCCGACGAGGUCACGGAUCUCAUGACGGUCCAAAGAGCCGACGGUUCAAAGAGGGCAACGAGGGCAGGCCACCACGGUCCAUCGGACAAGACAAUACUUGUUGGCAGAGAACGCGGGCAUGGAUCGGACGCUCCGGCUGGAGAGCGAAUAGAACGUCGCGAGAAAGUGGUCGCGCUUUCCAAAAUCGAAAUCGCUCGCACCGUGGCCGGCGUUUUGCCUCUCCGUGCUUUCUUUCUUGGUCGAUUAAUCGAACCAUCGCGCGCUGACUACCGGCACCACGAGCAAGCCGCUAUUAGAGAAAAGCGGAUUUUACUCGAAAUCCGGGACUCGGGAGAGAUAGACAGAGAAAAAGAGGAGUCGCAACGUUAAAAUCGCUAAUUUUCCAUCCGCGAGGACACACUCCAAUACGAAUUUCCCGCGGUGCGAGCGAAGCAGAUAAAAGUAACAGAGGUUGAAAUUGGACUUUGCGCGUAUAUCAAGAAGAGGAUCGUAUCGGGAAGUGUAGGAAUCAGCCGGCCGCAGAUAAAGAUUCCGGGAAAUAUGUAUAAGGCAGAUAAAGCGCUUGUUUUCGUUUAUUCGCGCACCACUUUUCGUUGGCAAAUAUAGUUCUUCCGUCGAAUUUUCGGGCUCAAGUGAUCGAGCGCGACGCACGGCUAAACGGAUCCCUUCGAUUCGACGAUCAUCGAAUUCGCAUCGCACCGAAGGAUACAUAAGUAAAUAAACGUUGACGGGAUAAGUCGCCAAAGAGUGUACACCAGCGCUCUCCUAAGAUGAAUCCCCACGGUGAAGUACACGAACGAACGUAAGCGGAAUUCAGAGAACGCGCAAAGACCUUCGAAGCGCUCAAGUAUCUUCGAACAACAUCUCCCCCCGAGGGGCAGGAGGGGUGAGGGGCGCGAAGUACAAAACCGCCUCGUAGAUCGAUGGUGGAUCCACAUCUUGUUUCAGGUAACGAGAUGACAAGAUAAUUUAGCGGAACGCGCGACGCAGUCGAACAAGUUUCUACGUUCCAGAAUCUCGAAAUCGUGCGCCGCGUUAUUAAACCAUCGAGACGUUCUUCGGCCUGAUCGAAGGUCGAGGUGCGAAAUCACGAGAGAUCUGAGCUUCGUAAAAAGAUCCGCGGGUUGUUAGGGGUCAGAAGUCGCCGAGAUGUUUGUACACAACCGCAUUGAAAUUCUUACUUGUGCCUAGUACAAUAGCCGUGACGAAUCUCAGACUGAUCAUUACAGCGAUCGUUACAAUUAAAAGUUCGCUCUUCGGGGAAGAGCUUCGCGUGCAAAAAUUUGACGGGGUUGCCUGGCAGCGGCUGAAGACAACUCGUCGAUGUUGCAAGUCGAAAGUGCGUGCACACGUACAACUGAAGACGCGAAAGUGCGAGCAAGAGUUCUGAACAGCUAGGCAACGUGUUAGGAGACCCGCCGGCGAUCUCAGAGUGACCGAUUAAUUCGCUAACGGACGCGAGCAAGAGUUUCUGCGGAGGAAUAGCAAGAGUCACAUCGGCUUGGAUUAAUCUCAGCACGACGACCAGUCAACUCGCCGGCAAUUUAAGUGCGACCCAUCGGCCCGAUAACGAUACAAGGGCGAACCGCAGGCACCGUUGCGCGAGAAGCGCGACACGACAGUGCAUCAUCGGCAUGCGAUCUGCGACGAGACGGCUCGAGUUGACUUCGUAGGAUGAUCCCCUCCGCCGCAGAGACGACAGUGUAGCGAUCGUCUUUUCGUCCAUACGUCCCCACGUGACUUCCAGAGCGCGAGCAAAGUUUGAACGCACGGUUUAAGGUGCUCCGCAUUGUUGCGCGUUCGUUUUCAAGGGUAGUGAGUUUGCCGAGAUCUCGAACGAUCGGGUCGGGAACGCCGUCAAAAUAGAGUAUCUCGGCAACAGCAACAUGUACGGCGGCGGUGGCCCGGGUAGCGCGGGAUACGGGCCCGAUCCGGGCCCGGAACCGGGCCCUUCGCACUACGCGUCUCCCUCCGCCACGGUGGGCUACCAGUUGGCCCUACCGCCGCCACCACCCCCGCCGGUCUGCCCCGCCACCGGAAGUCAACUUCUGUCUUACGGGUCCGACUUAUCGCCCCAUCACAUCCAGCAGACCCACACGGAGGCCCAACAGCCAAAGAGGCGAAGAUCUGAUGAGGAUGAUCCAAGUGGUUGUAAAUACAGAAGACUGGAUGAUGACAAUGUGCAGGACAAGGAAAGGUUUGCCAGUCUUGCGACUUACUGCAGGGAGAAUCAUUGCGAAAUCGAGCGGCGGCGGCGGAACAAGAUGACCGCCUACAUCACCGAGCUGUCCGACAUGGUGCCAACCUGUUCAGCAUUGGCCCGGAAACCCGACAAGCUUACUAUCCUGCGGAUGGCGGUAGCACACAUGAAGGCACUCAGAGGUACUGGUAAUACUGCAACUGACAAUGCUUACAAGCCAUCUUUUCUCACAGAUCAAGAGUUGAAACACUUGAUCCUUGAAGCAGCCGAUGGCUUCUUAUUCGUUGUAAGUUGCGAUAGUGGCAGGAUCAUCUACGUGUCUGACUCGGUCGCGCCAGUGUUAAACUACACUCAGAGCGACUGGUAUGGCAGCAGCCUCUACUCCCAAGUCCACCCCGACGACACCGAGAAGGUACGAGAGCAGUUAAGCGCUUCGGAACCUCAGCACGGUGGUCGAGUGUUAGAUCUCAAGACAGGAACGGUGAAAAAAGAAGGCCAGUCCUCAAUGCGACUAUGCAUGGGUUCGAGACGGGGCUUCAUCUGCCGCAUGAAGGUCGGCAAUCUUCAGACGACAGGAGACAUGGCCGCCGCGCACGGUCUCCACCGUAUGAAGCAGAGGAACUCGCUGGGCCCGCCAGCACGGGACGGUCAAAAUUACGCGGUGGUGCACUGCACCGGCUACAUCAAGAACUGGCCACCCACCGGUGAUUUUGUUCCCCCAUGUGUACCAGGUGUGGGUCUAGGUGACAGAGGGGGCGUUCAAGCUGGACCAGACGGCGUGGUCACGGAUGAGAAUGCCUCCACGCAUUGCUGCCUUGUCGCCAUUGGGCGAUUACAGGUCACUAGCACACCAAAUAGUAGCGACUUAACAGGUUCUAAUAGCAAUAGUGAAUUUAUAUCACGUCAUUCUGCGGAAGGUAAAUUUACUUUCGUGGACCAAAGAGUCGGUGGAAUUUUGGGUUACUCUCCAUCGGAGCUCUUAGGUCAUCCAUGCUACGAUUUCUUCCAUCCGGAGGAUCUGGCGCACAUGCGAGAAAGCUUUGAACAAGUGUUAAAACUGAAGGGACAAGUCGUAUCUGCAAUGUACAGAUUUCGAGCCAAGAAUCGCGACUGGGUGUGGUUGAGGACGUCGGCAUUUGCGUUUCUAAAUCCGUUCAACGAGGACAUUGAAUAUAUCGUUUGCACCAACACGCACACGAAACCAGGGUAUCAUCCCAGUAACGACGGUCAGACGGAGAGCGAAGCAGUACCUGCAUAUGGACAACCUGGUUUAGAUUACUCUCUUCAAAGACAUCCCACCAGGGAUCCAUUGUACUCUGCACAUCACAUGAUGCAGCACCCGGCGACCGUAGCUACAGCCAGUCCACAACAACCAAGGCCGUCCAGUACACAGAACGUAUAUCAGAGUUAUGAGACGACGCACUCGCCGAUAGCUUAUGGCUCACCCGGACAGCAAAGCGCAUCUUCGUCAGUCUUAAGUAGGAUUCAAAAGCCAGCUAAUACAUCCCCAACCCCGGUACAACAAGCGUGGACGAUCGGAAGACAGCAAGCGGUGACAGAGGGCUACCAGUAUAGUAGUCAAUUAAGUCCAUCGAGAUCACCGAGCGGGCCGACAUACACGCAACUCAGUAGUGGCGCUAGGACACCAGCUACUCAACAAUAUCACACAGUCACAACAGUGCCUAAUAAUCCUGGUAUGUGGGGCUGGCAAAGCCAACAGCAUCAGACACCGCAGUCCGAUGGACAGGCCGGUGCUCAAGUGGCUACGCAGGCGCAACCACCGCAUCCUGGGCAGGCCGGACCCGGCACGCAGCCACAGGAAUUGUCUGAUAUGCUGCAGAUGCUGCAGGAUCAGGGUGGUUCGUCCGGAUUCGAGGAACUCAACAUGUUCACUACUACCUUUGAGUAGCAAUGGAACAAACGAUACGCUGGAAAGCAGUUUCCAUGCUAAAGGAAUUCACCGCUUUCCCCAACUGUUCGUUACUUUGUUACCAUUUUAAGUUAGCCCCGUAUUUCUGGUGUGUGUGCCGUAUUUUUAUUAAAUAUGAAAUACGUAAGCCCCAGUUCAGUAAAUUGAAGUACAUUCCAAAGGAUGUAAAGAAUUAUUAAUAUUGUGGAAUGCGGGAGUGAUGCUUUCAUUUUCUCGAAUACCGCACAAGACUGUGCAGUGUCGUCGCACAAAAACACUUUGUUCAUCCUUAUUCUAUCCGAUCCGCUUUCUCACUUUCUCGAUGACUUUCACGCAGCGACGUAGAGACUUUGAACGUAUCUGUCUCCAACAUGAACGGGAUAGAUGGCGAGCUGCCACCACUUUUCGUAACAAAUUCACACCGUAAUAAUUGCAAAAUAGAAAGGAAUCAAUACUUAGCUUUCCAUUCAUUUUUCUUAAGUCGCAAAAAUUGAAUUGGAAUUCAGAGUUUGACAAUUUUAUAACGAAAUAUUUUCAGCAUACAUGCGGUAAUCGCCUCAAAAUUAGUAUAUACCAGCAGCGAGCUAUUUCAUCGAACGCAUAGGUAACUAAAUUAACGACAUGCAAAAACUGCAACAAUAGUGACAUGCUAUAAAUUUGUAUAUAUAUAUAUUAACAGAUGGCGCUAUGAUCACUAUUAGAUUUUUAAUCAGAUAUUUGUGAUGAUUUAUACAAUGUUUGAUUUUGCUUUUAUACAAUUGAUUUGUGGAACAAACAACGUACCAGAUAAUGGUAUUAUUAAGCAACAUGAUUUAUUCACAUGAUCCAACGUGAAACAAAAAAUUUUUACUAAAAUAUAUAUUACGAACGUGCAUCAAUCUAACAUAUAUUGCGUCGGUGCAAAUUUAAGGUGUACAUGUUAUAUCCUUCGUUUCUUGAAAACAUUAACAUUAGACGAAUAAAAUUAAUCACACAAAUAUUAAGAGUUUUCUUAUCAUUUAAGCUAUCGAAAUAUAUAAUCUCCGUGCGAUGACAAUCGCUUGUAAAAAAAGAUAAAUUAUACAGUGCACAUCGAGAGAUCAGCAUCGUGAAAAAAGGGCAACAGUGAAUGUCGGACUAAUUUGAUUUCAAUAAUCUUGAAAUAACUUCGAGACUUUUCAACUUAACACGUCAUUUUUAUAAAUGAAUGAGAACAUUGCAAAUGCCCAUCAUUUAGCUUUAUUAUAUGUCAUUCCAUAUCUGGAUAAAUCUAAAAUCAUAUCUGAAUAAAUUAUUACAGAAACCAUAUAUAUGUAUAUUGUAUAUAUGAAAAUUAAAAUUAGUUAAAAAAUUCUGUUAUUCAUUUGGAUGUCUGAAGUUCGCAAAAAGCUUUUUUUGAAUUUUUUAUUUACGACUCAAAAAUUUUUGACGACUUGAAAUUGAAGACUUGAUAUUUAUGUCUCGAAAUUAUCUCUCAAAAGUGGUGGAUACUCCAUAUAAAUAUAUUAAUGAACGAUGCAAUAUAUGUGCGCGCAAUGGUAUCUGUUAUUGAACUGGGGCCUAAUACGGUACAAACGUAACAACGCGAUAAUAGAAACAAAAUCCAAAAAGUGCGGGGCUAAUUUCAUAUAAGUCUGUUUGUUCAGUAUCACUUUGGGGAUUAAAUCUUGGGCAUCUGCACCUUCAUCACAUCAUCCGAUUACGAAGAAACAAGAAGAGAGAGUGAAAGAAAAAGAAAAUAUGAGAGAAAAGGGAGAAAGGAUUCAAGGAGGUUUUCUAUCUUGGCGACUCGAAAAAUGUUCCACAUUUCACACAUUUUACAAUAGCUCGUUUCAAUGUCAUAAAGUAAAACUUCAGUUUCCUCGCUAAGCCACAUAGUAACACUGUUAAAUUUUUUAUUAAUUUUGCUCAAUCUGUCUUUGUUAGCUGCCAUUCGAUAUAGCAGCUUCGUAAAUUUUACGAAAUAUUCAAUGAAAUUUGAAAUGUGUAUUGUCAGGACAUUACAUCUCUCAAAGAUGAGAAACAAAAAAAUUGAUUUGCUUGACCUACCAAAGUAGAAGACCUCUUUAGUAAUUUAGCACUGCUAAUAUAUAGACUUUAUGCAAAAGAUCGCACUGGGAUUAGGAAAGCCUAGUCUGCCGGGUUAUUUACAUAUUACGCAUGUAUAUGUAUGGAAGAGAAGUUUGGUUCACUGUCGUGGGUAUCAGGGCGCCGGUAUGAUCGUUAGAUUGUACAAAAAUUCAUUUGCACGACGUAGUUGUCGAAAUUGUAUGGUUUCACUGUGGAAGUGCCAUUAAAACAUCAAAGUGCGACUGUACCUUCAUGACAAGAGCGUUCACCGUGAAUUAGGGCUCGAAAUAAUUAUAAUACGCACAGAUGGGUUAUCCCAUGCCGUUCGACGCAAAGCAUUCAAGCGAGCAUUUCACACUUGUACUCUAUGAGAGUGUAAGUUUUGUACUCUGUGACACUGUAAACGCGAUAACCGGUCAGGAGAUUGCAAUUGACAUGCGAACUGCGCUCCGUUUUUGUCAGUCCGACAACUUUUCAACAUUUCGAUGAAUUUGGAGUCCAACCUUAACGAAAAUAUCUCUCAACAGGAGACUGGCUCCAAAUCCGUCGAAUCCGUUUGAGGCGGUGAAAAUAAAACGAAAUAAGAUGUAUACAUAUGUAUGCGGUAUUUGAAAGUACUGCGUUGUUUAUUAAUCGUUUGAGUGCCGAUAGAGGUCACAAAAAUAUAUGAUCCAAAAUGCCACGCAGAGCAGUAGGCCUAAUGCGUUCAAAAAUUACAUGAUUCUCAAAAUCGCUAAGUAACAAUUGCGUAACAACGUCAAGUGAAACUGGAGAAGGGGUUGUGCGAUAGCGCCUGUUACAAAUCUUCUCAUGCGGGGACAAGAGGAGCGCGACAGCACUCGUCCGCAUUUUUGGAUGUAAAACGAAAGAGCGCGAUCGCGCUCCUUGGCACUCAAACGAUUCAGUUGGAUAAUUAGCGUGAGUAACGUGUAAACGCCUAAAGAUAUGGAUAUUUCGCGGCCUUGCUGCGGGUGUUCUAAAAAUAUGUAGCAUCCGAUCUGUGCUUAUUAUACAAGUCAAACGGCGUAAUUUUAAUUUACAUGACAAUUUCAAUGGUAUCAUGCGAUUCAGUGAAUAUUUAACGACAAAACGGGAGGCUAAAAAUAACGGAGAUGUAAACUCUAAACGAUAUAAGAAAAAGUAUUUUUAAAAAAAGGUUCUCAAUCAAAUCUACAUAAAUCACGGUAAUUUUAAUACCAGCUUAUCAUUAGAUUCGUAAGAUUAGCUUAAUUAUUUUAAUUUAGAUCUUUGUAAUUAUAAACAGUGCAAUCAUAAAAACGACACGCGACAAGAAAUCGUUCGAAACAUUGACAAUGUACAAAAACUACUUGUGUAAUCCACCUUUGCUUCUCUGUGCAAGACACCGUUUUUAGAUAUUCUUAAAGAAAAAAAUAUAUAGAUAAUGUUACACAUACGAA